AUGGUACGACAGCUGUGGAUCCGUGGCCCACCGUGUGGGAUUGAUAAUUGUCGUUCACGACUAUACCGUACUCAAGAUGGUCUUACAAUCUGUCAGUAUGGACAUGUUCAAGAGGGUUCCAUUGAAUUUGAUGAUGAUGCAGACCAACCCAUCGUAACAACAAGGAGAUUGAAUGCCGUUGCAUUAGAUGAGCGGGGCCAUCUAGCUAGUCAAUCGAGUCAAAGAUUGUCGCAAGAUAAAAGGAAACAGGAAAGAUUAUUUGGAGAUGAGGCGAGACCUGUGUAUUAUAGAUGUUUGCAGAAAAUACUCAAACAUCAACUUGAUGCAAUCUUAAACUUGUUUUAUGGUAUGAGUAGCGUGGAGAAAGAUUUGACUUUAGUUGUCAAGACCAAUUGGUGUAGAAUGCUUAAUCUAAUUUUUGAUGAUGGCGAUGAGCAGGGGCAGAAGCAGCAAGAGCAGGAGCAGGAGCAAGAACAGGAGCAAGAGCAAGAGCAAGUGCAGGAGCAGGAGGAAGACAAAGAAAGAAGAGCAAGUAAACGGAGCAGAAAACACAGGGUCGGGUAUAAGCGACGACAGUUGGAUGUGUUGGAUCUCGUUUGCAUAAUCUACAUAUCAAGCUUGCAAUUACAAGCCAACCCUCUAUAUCUAUCAGAUGUGCUUGAUUGUAUUCGCAAGGAAAAAAUCCCAUUUUUCAAGACAUACCAUUUGUUGCCGCAAGAAGAUUUGAAUGUGUUGGGUCAACUGUAUUUUCCUGGAUUGCAAGGCUACGAAUAUCCACUGAAUGAUCAUAUUUACAAACGACUAUACUUUCUCAAUACAAGUCUUGUCAAGAUGGAGAUAACGGUACCUGUGGAUUAUUACUUUUUGUUGAUUUACAAGACAUUGACAGAUGUCUUGUAUUUGACCAAUGCACCUCAAGUUUUUAUGCUAAUAUAUAAUUUGCUUAAAGCUGUUAACAAGACUAAAUUUGUCAUCAAGUCAGAUAUGGGCACGGUGACUAAAUUGAGAGACGCGUUUCCCGAGGUGUACAUUAUGUCGAUUGUUAUAUUUGUACUUGAGCUUAAUCAAAAGUUUGACCAACAGAUUUUUAUUAGGAGGCAGGACACUAAGGAUGAUAUAUAUCACAUGAGUGUAGAACAUACCGAACAGUAUUGUGAUUGGGUAUAUAACAACAUUUUACCAGGGAAGCUACACGAUAGUGCUGGUACACAGGAUCUAUCCAUGAUGGAGAAAAGAUUGUUUCAGAUAUUUGACAUGAAUGCGGCAAAGGAGGAUAUUUUAGAAACCGAUACUGAAAAGAGUAGUAGUGGUGGUAGUGGUAGUGGUGGUGGUAGUGGUAAUGGCAAUGGCCGUUUAUUGACAGAUCAAGAUGAUACAGAGCAGGUAACUGAUCCGGAUGAGGUGGAUGCGAUGUUGUUUGACAAGCUUUCCAAAAUGGUUAAUAUGUCUCUGGAUGAUUUAAGGAAGGUUUAUGCGGUUAUCACCAAACUGUUUAAACCAUCGAAACUCAAAAGAAUAGAUUAG